CUGGUCCGUACGAGGUGAAGGAAAUUACGACACACUCGGUCCAGGUCAAAGGCCGACCAGGACGAUCCAGACGAGAUCAAGUUCGAGACCACCGGAUAAAGACCCAACGACAGCCAUGGACGACGUUGACCCACAGGGAGCAGACAUCACAGACGAGGACCAGGAGUACCAGGAGGACGCAGACGACGUCACAGAGAAAGACGCAGACGACAUCACAGACGAGGACCAGGAGUACCAGGAGGACGCAGACGAUGCUGUCGCAGACGAGGAUGAAGCAGACGAUGCUGUCGCAGACCAGGAUGAAGCAGACGAUGCUGUCGCAGACCAGGAUGAAGCAGACGAUGCUGUCGCAGACCAGGACGAGGCAGACGACUUUGACCCAGCCAGGGUUGAAGCAGAUGGGAUGCAGCGGGGACAGGAUCGUCAACCAGUUUUCAGGCUGCCAGCCUGCACCCCAUCAUCGGCCGUCAGAGUGCAAGACCCGGGCCAGCCUAACCACCCUCAAUUUCACCUCUUUCCUUCCACACCUACACAUUACAGAUUCAAUACAUGCAGACCCUGUGACUUCCCCGAGAUCGAAGAGUUAGGUGGGUGGGUCGGAGUGCCACACGACAGGAGCCACGCCCCUAUUCCCAUCACGAACCGAAAGAGACUCUCACCUGGAGAAGCAGGUAUCGUGACAGAGCCGCUGUACGCGAUAUGGCACGAGAAUUAUCAGUACCUACAACGUUGGGCUAUCACACAUCCCUUUUUCACUGGUUACCCUCCCGCAAACAGUCUCACAGGGUUGCAGAUCCUAUGGGAUCUCAGUUUAGGCAACGCCCAGAAGGACAAACUUCAGGUCAGACAGUACAACUGGCCAUACCAAGCAGUCGAGGACUGGGCGGUCAUUAGUACGGUAACACAGUGCUCCACGGUUUCUGGCCUACAGAUAACUCUGGGUAUGGAUGUUGUGAUAUGUACCGGAGCUCCCUGUCCCUUUGACAUAGCCCCAACUUUCUAUGGGAUGAAAGAAUGGGAGAGCGUGUCACAAAAUGGACUUGAGCUCCAUACAAGCAGGCCUCAGUACCCGCCUUCUUCCCCUCCCGUUCUCCGUUGGGCACAGCGAGAGCGAGAGGAGAGGGAAGCAGCCCCUCUCCUUCCCCCACCGGAUGCUAGGGAGAUAGCCGGGGACAGGGAGAUCCAUAGGCGCCUGGCAAAGAAAAUAAAGUUCUACCAGACAAUGGCACGUAGCCGUGCAGUGCGGCCAGGCCAAGAUGAAGAUCUGGCAUGGGAAGGGAAAUAAAUAUUCCCGGAAUAAGGGUUCACAUCCAGCGGAUGUGAAAAGAGGGAUUUGUUAAGAAUAUAUAUUCUAGUUUAGCAUAGCCUAGUAUUGUUUGCAUAAAUAUUAUGUGUAAGAUGGAAAACACUGAAUGAGAGUUGAAUACCUCGGCAGGGCAAUCUGGUGUCUGACGGAUCUAAAGAAAGAUAGCAGUGUCACCUAAGGAAUGUUGAUGUAAACCCCCCUUCUGCACUGCACUCAUUAAAAAGGAUGACUAGAGAAAGAGCUCAUUGUAUUCAGUGUUUAGAAAGAGCAAUCACAGUCCUUACCUCGUUGGGAGGAUAGAUAACAAGGGUCCAGAUGGGACCAUUUAUUCUCCUUCUUAGACAUUUUAAGUCCUCACUGUCUCUCCACACUGACCCCCCCUUUCACCGAUCCCCCUCGCACGCACACACUCACACGCGGGAAGAAGCCCCCCCCAGUGUGUGAACGACCUUCGGAGAGAAUCCAGGCCUCAUCCCUGAAGAGAUAAGGCCCGAAGGGAGUCGUCUUGCAAGACAGGGACUACGGAAUCAACACUCUUCUUCUCUUUUUUCACCUCUUCUAUUACCAUACAUUCAUGUGCGGGCCACAACAUCCAAUGAAGGGACGGCAGAGGCGGGAGCUGGCAACAAGAACCAAUGAGAAGACACCGCCCCCUUAUGCUCAUGUCCAAUCAGAACUGUUCUUUCCUGCUAUUUAAGAUGGCCGCUCACUAGGAGCGGGCAUCCCUUCUGCAGCCCUGAAGCCAUUGGUGACAGGUUUGGAUUUGGGUCCAUGCAUGAUUGU